CUUACAAUGACAAGAUAGUUGCAUUUCUGCGGCAACCCAAUAUCUUUGAAAUUCUCCAAGAGCGACAGCCAGAUCUCACAAGAAAUCAUUCACUCAGGGAGAAGAUCCAGUUUAUUCGGACUGAAGGAACACCAGGUCUAGUGCGGUUAUCCAGUGAUGCAGAUCUUGUUAUGUUAUUAAGUUUAUUUGAAGAGGAAAUUAUGUCAUAUGUACCACCACAUGCCUUACUUCAUCCCAGUUAUUGUCAGUCACCACGUGGGUCCCCCGUGUCCUCCCCUCAGAACUCUCCAGGUACCCAACGUGCUAAUGCCCGUGCCCCUGCUCCUUAUAAAAGAGACUUUGAAGCUAAACUGAGGAAUUUCUACAGGAAGUUGGAGACUAAAGGAUAUGGACAAGGCCCAGGGAAAUUGAAAUUAAUUAUCAGAAGAGACCACUUGCUGGAAGAUGCCUUCAAUCAAAUUAUGGGUUAUUCAAGAAAGGAUCUACAGAGGAAUAAACUGUAUGUCACAUUUGUUGGAGAGGAAGGACUGGACUACAGUGGACCAUCAAGGGAGUUUUUUUUCCUGGUAUCAAGAGAACUCUUCAACCCAUACUAUGGUUUAUUUGAAUAUUCAGCCAACGACACAUACACUGUACAAAUUAGUCCAAUGUCUGCUUUUGUCGACAAUCACCAUGAAUGGUUCAGAUUUAGUGGUCGAAUCCUUGGUCUUGCUCUGAUUCAUCAAUACUUGUUAGAUGCCUUCUUUACUCGACCAUUUUAUAAAGCCCUUCUCAGAAUAUUGUGUGACCUAAGUGAUCUGGAAUAUCUUGAUGAAGAAUUUCACCAAAGUCUACAAUGGAUGAAAGACAAUGAUAUACAUGAUAUCUUAGAUCUCACAUUCACUGUAAAUGAAGAAGUCUUUGGACAGAUUACUGAAAGGGAAUUGAAACCUGGAGGUGCCAACAUCCCUGUGACAGAAAAGAACAAGAAGGAAUAUAUAGAAAGAAUGGUGAAAUGGAGAAUUGAGAGAGGUGUGGUGCAGCAGACAGAAAGUUUAGUACGUGGUUUUUAUGAGGUGGUUGAUGCUAGACUGGUGUCUGUAUUUGAUGCAAGAGAACUAGAAUUGGUUAUUGCUGGCACUGCAGAAAUUGACUUAAGUGACUGGAGAAAUAACACUGAAUACAGAGGAGGAUACCAUGAUAAUCAUAUUGUAAUUCGAUGGUUUUGGGCUGCUGUGGAAAGAUUCAACAAUGAGCAACGGUUACGGCUUUUACAAUUUGUUACAGGUACAUCGAGUAUACCUUAUGAAGGUUUUGCUUCUUUGAGAGGAAGCAAUGGACCAAGAAGAUUCUGUGUAGAAAAAUGGGGCAAAAUCACUGCUCUGCCCAGAGCUCACACUUGUUUCAAUCGUCUUGACCUUCCUCCUUACCCAUCGUUCUCCAUGCUCUAUGAGAAGCUGUUGACAGCUGUUGAAGAGACAAGCACAUUUGGUCUUGAAUAAGACAGAAAUUGUCUAACCCAGUAUCUGGGACUUUUGUGGAUCACUCCCCCAAAAUACACAAAUGCUUACAGCAAGUGGCAAAGAUUUAAAAAAAAACCUAUUGUACAGUGCAAUUGGAAGAAUGGGACUUUAUGAAUGAGAAAAACUGUAACAGCUGCAUGAGUACUCUAGAGCGAGGAUUGUGGCCUUGUUCCCCUGAGCACCAAAUGUUUAAAACUUAGUUGGAUUUUUUUUAAAAAAUGACGAGAGAUUAGCAACAAUUAGACCGCUGCAAAAUCGAAUACAUCUCAAAAAUGGAUUUCAUGAAAAUUCAGAGUUCAGUGAAAUACAAAGGUUGUUAGCUUGCUGCUAAAUUGUAAGAGGAUAAGUAAAAAUGCUUUCUAAAAAUCAAAUAGGAGUUAUUUCCCAAUGGUACACUUACUAUAUGUCUUACACAAUACAAGAAUAUGCUAUCUAUGCUAUACCUAAAUCUAUGUGUGCCUGCAUGACAUCUAUUGCAUUUCAAAGAUACAGCACAAGGAACAGUUAUUUUCUGCAGCUUAACAAGGGUAUGAAGAAAAGUUGGCAGCAAAAGAUGGUGUGAACAGAAAGACUUUUAAUUAGGAAAACCUGUACAAUUGUAUAUGCAAAUCAUGUUUAACAGAAGGGGAGCUAUUGUAAGAGAUUAAUGGUUAACUUUAUUCUUUAUACUGCAUGAAGGCUUUUUAAAAAAAUAAUGUGAGUUUAUCACAGCAUAUCAGGAAGAAGAAAGCCUCUUACACAGUGACUUUUGUUUAUUUUUAUAAGUUCAUAAUAUUGAUUUUCUUAGGGUGUAAAUAAGAAAAUAGACCUUUUUUGUUCUUUUCACUUUUCCAUGGUUAAAUAGUUCUUGUGUUCAAUUCUUUACACACUUAAGGUGUGUGUGUGUGUGUGUGUACACACACACAAACACACACCUUUAUUUUUAUAAAGGUAAGGUAUUCCUGAAACUAUUUUUUGCACCGAAUGUACCAAAGGGAUAUUGUGAAUUAAAUAACAAAAAAUAUGUAUCACUUCAUCCAAAAUCUAUAGGAGGUAGCUACUUUAAAGAACCUGAUUUUUAUUUCCCAGUUACAUUCUAGUUAAUGUCGGCAUUCUGCACAGUUAAAUAAUAAUUUUUAAAGCUCGCUACAUGUAAUAAUGUGUAAUAUGCAUUUUAUUUCAAAUGCACUUAUUUUCCUCCAUUAACUAAUUUCAUUAGAGCU